AUGUCGCAUGAGUCGGAAAACGAGAUGGAGGCGCGCCUCCGCGUGACACCUGGGACUGAGAUUCUAUUUGAUGGGGGCUCCGGUGAUGGCAUUCUCGCCGAUGGAUCUCAGUUGAAGCAUCGGACCAGCGGUGAUAAGCGUGUGCUGCUCGUCCCCCAACCUUCGACCAAUGACCCGAAUGACCCUUUAAACUGGACAACAUCAAAGAAGAGCGUCACUUUUUUCAAUGGCUGCUGGUAUGCAUUCAUGGGUGCUAUCACUGGCCCAAUCAUGGCAGCUGGCAUGAACCAGCUCUCCGUCAUUUUUGGCAAAACCACCCAGCAACUAUCCUAUGCGAAUGGCGCUUGUCUGAUCAACCAAGGCAUUUGGAACUGUGUCUGGAUGCCGUUUGCCGUCAAGUACGGUCGACGCCCUGUCUAUCUGGCCUCGACCUUUUUAAUGAUAUUGGCUUGUAUUUGGCUGGCCAUUGCGUCAAAUCAAAACUACACGACAUUCAUCGUCGGUCGUGCAUUUUUGGGUGCUUGGGAAGCCCCAAUUGAGUCGAUCGUGCCAUCUACAAUCACGGAUAUGUUUUUUCUCCAUAAUCGAGGAGAGUUGGUCUCUCUCUACGGAUUGGCGGUUCUGGGUGGCAACGAACUUGGCCCUAUGUUCUCGGGGUUUAUUGUUCAAGCAUUGGGGAUGAAUUGGGCCUUUUGGAUCGUCGCGAUGUUUAUUGCCGCGAAUCUGGUCUCUAUGUUCUUCUUCAUGCCCGAGACAAAGUUCAUUGGCAAUCGCCCCAGCAUUCCAGGGAUUAGAAACGUUCGUCCGGAUCCCCAAAGUCUAUCGCCAACAGGUCCCACAAGCGAGGGCUCAGUUAAAGAAGAAGAUCAUAUCUCAGUGAGCGAAUCGUUCACCUCUGUUCCGAAGAAAACAUGGUCACAGGAGCUCAAGUUCUGGAGCAAGGGUGAUCCAGAUGUGAAUUUAUUUCAUGUCUUCUUGCGCCCGUUUGUGCUCCUAGCUUAUCCGACUGUUGUGUGGUCAUGCUUUGUGUAUGGUCUGGCUCUGAGCUGGAACGUCAUUCUUGGUGCUAUCGUGGCACAAUUGUUCACGCCGCCUCCUUAUGGGUUCAACUCAAAUUCGCAGGGUCUCUUCUUCUUAUCCCCCUUUGUUGGCUCGCUGUUUGGAGUAUAUUUCUCUGGCCCAUGCGGCGACUGGAUUGCAAACUACUUCACUAAGCGCAACCACGGUAUCCGAGAGCCGGAGAUGCGUCUACCAAUUUGCUUAGUCGCAGCCUUUUUCACAUUUUUCGGUGCACUCUGGUUUGCUCUGUCUUACGAGCACCAGCUUCAUUGGGCCAUGCCAGUAGUUGGGGCUGGAAUUCUCUCUGUGGGAAGCCAAAUGGGAACGACACUCGGAAUGAACUACGCACUAGACUGUCACCAGGAGCUUUCCGUGGAGAUCAUGGUAACCAUCGCCGCUCUCAAAAGCAGUAUCGCCUGGAUCUGGACCUGGGUGAUCAACGAUUUCAUCACGGCAUGUGGUGUACUGUCUGUGUUCAUGACGGUCGCCGCCAUCAACGUGGCCAUUUACUUGACCUACCUUAUCUUCUUUUACAAGGGCAAGCAGAUCCGGCUGUGGAUCCAUCAAGCAAACCUCUUCCAAGCUGCGGGGCUCCAGUAG